AUGGCGACUUACGCGUCUUCUGCCGCUGUCAGGUGCGCUCUGAGAUUCCUGCCCAAAGACUCUGCUUUAAUUUCACACCAAAUUUGUCUUUUGUCGAGCGGUUUUUCUGGAAAAGGUUACAGUAGAUGGAGGGCAUGCAGUUCAUUUGCAUCGUCCUGCUCCUCGGACUCUCCAGCAGCAGACAGGUCUGGCUCCAGUGAAACUGUUGAACACUAUGAUCGCCUCAUUCAGGGUGGCUUCCUGAGGAGAGAUACCCAGCAGAGGCGGGUUCUCCAGCAGCUGGUUCAGCUGCAGCACACCCUGAAGACCUACAGUAACAGCGUCUACUUGAACUCACCCAGGGUAAACCCAACAAAAACCAGCAGGCAACAUCAGAGAGGCAUUACAGCAGUCGAAAACACAGGUGGUGAACCCACUGAAAAGGAGGAACCCAUUCCUCCACCACCGCCACCGCCCAAAGGCUUCUAUAUAUAUGGAAAUGUUGGCACAGGGAAGACCAUGCUUAUGGAUUUGUUUUACUCCAAUGUGGAGAACAGUCGCAAAAAGAGAGUCCACUUCAACGGCUUCAUGUUGGACAUCCACAAACGGAUCCAUCGGAGGAAACAAAGCCUGCCAAAACGGAGGUUAGGGAAAAUGUUCACCUAUGACCCCAUAUCACCGGUUGCCAUGGAGAUCAGCAGCGAGACCUGCCUCUUGUGUUUUGACGAGUUUCAGGUGGCUGACAUUGCUGACGCUGUGAUCUUGAAGCAGCUGUUUGAGACGCUGUUCAAAACUGGAGUGGUGGUGGUGGCGACCUCCAACAGGCCACCUGAUGAUCUGUACAAAAAUGGACUUCAGAGGGACACCUUCCUACCUUUCAUCGAUGUGCUGAAGGAAUACUGCCACAUCGUCUGCUUAGACACUGGGAUUGACUACAGGAAGCUUGAAAAGGCUGCAGCAGGGAAACUUUACUACCUCACAGGGGAGCCUGGUGCAGAGGCCUUCUUGGAUGCACUGUUUGAGGAGCUCUCAUUAAGACAAAAGAGUGCUACAGGUCCUCGGGUGCUCUCUGUGCUGGGCAGAGAUGUGACUCUAGAAAAGACCUGCGGCACCAUCGCUGACUGUACUUUUGAUGAGCUGUGUGGCAGAGCUUUGGGUGCCAGCGAUUACCUGGAGAUGGCGCGGCUCUUUGACACAGUAUUCAUCCGCCGCGUUCCUGUGCUGACGCUGACGAUGAAGGAUCAGGCCAGACGCUUCACCACCCUCAUAGACAACUUCUAUGACAAAAAGGUGAGAGUGGUGCUGCUGGCGGAUGCGCCUUUAGACCGGCUCUUUGUCCAAACUGGAGGAGAAGAUGAGAGGGACCGGCAGCUGCUGGAUGACCUGGGCCUCAGCGGGGAGGCAGCAGAGCAGCUUACCCUCUUCACAGCCGAAGAGGAGAUCUUUGCCUUCCAGAGGACUGUCUCUAGGCUGAUGGAGAUGCAGACGGAAGCAUACUGGCUGCUGGGAGACCGCAGUCGCAGAAAGAAACACAGUGACACUUAGCACCUGUUCCCAACUGCCACGAUAAUUGUCUACCUCCAGACAGCACAGAGCCUCACUAAGAGCUAACACUGCAAAGACAUGUUUUCAGUUUAGCAGAAAAAGAAAAGACCGAAUCCAUUUUGGGUAACCAAAAGGGGAAAUCCGUAUAUAAGAAGGCAAAACUAAGCAUAGUGCCUGUAUGUUGUACCUUUUUUCUAUUUGGUCCCUUUCUGUGAGGUGUGCUAUUUCCCCAUUGUAAACUAUUUGUUUUAAAUAAUGUGGAAACCUUUCUAAUGUGUGAACCACAGGCAAACAGGUGCUCACUUGAGAGAGGAGGGGAGUGUAUUUCACUGCAGUUGGUUACUGCCCUCUAGUGGUUUGGUGUGAAAAGGGCACGAUAUUCUUACCUAGUUGGGAAAUGUUAGUCUUUGUGCG